CGCCGUCCGUUUCGCGCCGCCGGCCCACGCCGCAGUGUGUGUUGUGGACGGCACCUUCUCAGACAGCCCAGUAGAGCCCAGCUCGGCGCCCGGCAGCCUUCGACGCGAUGUUCCGCCGGAGCUUUAACCGUUUUUGUGCUGGAGAAGAGAAACGAGUUGGUACACGCACAGUAUUUGUUGGCAAUCAUCCAGUUUCAGAAACAGAAGCAUACAUUGCACAAAAAUUUUGUGAUAAUAGAAUAGUCUCAUCUAAGUAUACACUUUGGAAUUUCCUCCCAAAGAAUCUGUUUGAACAGUUUAGAAGAAUUGCAAAUUUUUAUUUUCUCAUCAUUUUCCUUGUACAGGUCACAGUAGACACACCAACUAGCCCAGUUACCAGUGGACUUCCACUUUUCUUUGUUAUAACUGUUACAGCCAUCAAACAGGGAUAUGAGGAUUGGCUGAGGCACAGAGCUGACAAUGAAGUCAACAAGAGCACUGUUUACAUUAUUGAAAAUGCAAAGCGAGUGAGAAAAGAGAGUGAAAAAAUCAAGGUCGGUGAUGUAGUAGAAGUACAGGCAGAUGAAACCUUUCCCUGUGAUCUUAUUCUUCUAUCAUCCUGCACAAUUGAUGGAACCUGUUAUGUUACUACUGCAAGUCUUGAUGGGGAAUCCAAUUGCAAGACACAUUAUGCGGUACGUGACACCAUUGAACUGUGUACAGCCGAAUCCAUUGAUACCCUCAGAGCAGCAAUUGAAUGUGAACAGCCUCAACCUGACCUCUACAAGUUUGUUGGCCGAAUCAGUAUCUAUAGUAAUAGUCUUGAAGCUGUUGCCAGGUCUUUGGGACCUGAAAAUCUCUUGUUGAAAGGAGCUACACUAAAAAAUACCAAGAAGAUAUAUGGAGUUGCUGUUUACACUGGAAUGGAAACCAAAAUGGCAUUGAACUACCAAGGGAAAUCUCAGAAACGUUCUGCUGUUGAAAAAUCCAUUAAUGCCUUCCUGAUUGUGUAUUUAUUUAUCUUACUGACCAAAGCUGCAGUAUGCACUACUCUAAAGUAUGUUUGGCAAAGUACCCCAUAUAACGAUGAACCUUGGUAUAACCAAAAGACCCAGAAAGAGCGGGAGACUUUGAAGGUUUUGAAAAUGUUUACCGACUUCCUGUCAUUUAUGGUUCUGUUCAACUUUAUCAUUCCUGUCUCCAUGUAUGUCACAGUAGAAAUGCAAAAAUUCUUGGGCUCCUUCUUCAUUUCAUGGGAUAAGGACUUUUAUGAUGAAGAAAUCAAUGAAGGAGCCCUGGUUAACACAUCAGACCUUAAUGAAGAACUUGGUCAGGUGGAUUAUGUAUUUACUGAUAAGACUGGAACACUCACUGAAAAUAGCAUGGAAUUCAUUGAAUGCUGCAUAGAUGGGCAUAAGUAUAAAGGUGUAACUCAGGAGGCUGAUGGACUCUCUCAAACUGAUGGACCUUUACCGUAUUUUGACAAAGCAGAUAAGAAUCGAGAAGAGCUCUUUCUGCGUGCCUUGUGUUUAUGUCAUACUGUAGAAAUUAAAACAAAUGAUGCUGUUGAUGGAGUUACAGAAUCAGCUGAAUUAACCUAUAUGUCCUCUUCACCGGAUGAAAUAGCUUUGGUCAAAGGAGCUAAAAGGUAUGGGUUCACGUUUGUAGGAAUGCGGAAUGGUCAUAUGAGAGUAGAGAACCAAAGAAAAGAAAUAGAAGAGUAUGAACUUCUUCACACUUUAAACUUCGAUUCUGUCCGCCGUCGUAUGAGUGUGGUUGUGAAAACUCAAUCAGGAGACAUACUUCUCUUUUGUAAAGGAGCCGACUCAGCAGUUUUCCCCAGGGUGCAAAAUCAUGAAAUUGAGUUAACUAAAGUCCAUGUGGAACGUAACGCAAUGGAUGGGUAUCGGACACUUUGUGUAGCCUUCAAAGAAAUUGCUCCAGAUGAUUAUGAAAGAAUUAACAGACAGCUCGUAGAGGCAAAAAUGGCCUUACAAGACAGAGAAGAAAAAAUGGAAAAGGUUUUUGAUGAGAUUGAGACAAACAUGAAUUUAAUUGGAGCCACUGCAGUGGAAGACAAGCUACAAGAUCAAGCCGCUGAGACCAUUGAAGCCCUGCACGCAGCAGGUCUGAAAGUCUGGGUGCUUACUGGGGACAAGAUGGAGACAGCCAAAUCUACCUGCUAUGCCUGCCGCCUUUUUCAAACCAGCACCGAGCUCUUGGAACUGACCACCAAAACCAUCCAAGAAAGCGAACGGAAAGAAGAUCGAUUACAUGAGUUGUUGAUUGAAUAUCGUAAAAAGUUGCUGCAUGAAUUUCCUAAAAGUACUAGAAGCCUUAAAAAAGCAUGGACAGAACAUCAGGAAUAUGGAUUAAUCAUUGAUGGCUCCACGUUGUCUCUCAUAUUAAAUUCUAGUCAAGACUCUGGUUCUAACAAUUACAAAAGCAUUUUCCUACAAAUUUGUAUGAAGUGCACUGCAGUGCUCUGCUGUCGGAUGGCACCGUUACAGAAAGCCCAGAUUGUGAGAAUGGUGAAGAAUUUAAAAGGCAGCCCAAUAACACUGUCGAUAGGUGAUGGUGCCAAUGAUGUUAGUAUGAUCUUGGAAUCCCAUGUGGGCAUAGGUAUCAAAGGCAAAGAAGGUCGCCAAGCAGCCAGAAAUAGUGAUUAUUCUGUCCCAAAGUUUAAACAUUUAAAGAAACUGCUGUUGGCUCACGGACACCUAUAUUAUGUGAGAAUAGCACACCUUGUACAGUAUUUCUUCUAUAAGAACCUUUGUUUCAUUUUGCCACAAUUUUUGUACCAGUUCUUCUGUGGAUUCUCACAACAGCCACUGUAUGAUGCCGCUUACCUUACAAUGUACAAUAUCUGCUUCACAUCCUUGCCCAUCCUGGCCUACAGUCUACUGGAACAGCACAUCAACAUUGACACUCUGACCUCAGAUCCCCGAUUAUAUAUGAAAAUUUCUGGAAAUGCCAUGCUACAGUUGGGCCCCUUCUUAUAUUGGACAUUUCUGGCUGCAUUUGAAGGAACAGUGUUCUUCUUUGGGACUUAUUUUCUUUUUCAGACUUCAUCCUUAGAAGAAAAUGCAAAGGUAUAUGGAAACUGGACUUUUGGAACCAUUGUUUUUACAGUCUUAGUAUUCACCGUAACUCUGAAGCUCGCCUUGGAUACUCGUUUCUGGACAUGGAUAAACCACUUUGUGAUUUGGGGUUCUUUAGCGUUUUAUGUAUUUUUCUCAUUCUUCUGGGGAGGAAUUAUAUGGCCUUUUCUCAAACAACAGAGAAUGUAUUUUGUAUUUGCUCAAAUGCUGUCUUCUGUAUCCACAUGGUUGGCCAUAGUUCUUCUAAUAUUUAUCAGCCUUUUCCCUGAGAUUCUCCUGAUAGUAUUAAAGAAUGUAAGAAGAAGAAGUGCCAGGAAUCCGAAUCUUGAACUGCCUAUGUUAUUGUCCUACAAGCAUAUUGACAGUGGUUACAGCUAAAAGAAAGCAUGAAGAAGCAACUACAAAAAGUUAUCAUCUCAGGAUACUUGAUAUGCAACAAACUAAACCACUAUCUUAUGUCUAAGGUUCAGAGUAAAUGUCCACUAAGAUACCAAAUGACUCUCUUAAGCAUUUACAGUUAUUGUAAGUAGCCGUUAUGGCCAAAGCUCUAAGUUAUGAAUUAUAUGAAGGUUGAAAGCAAGAAUAUUUAGAAUUUCUGGCUUUAGAUAGAAUAAAAUAACUACCAAAUGGGUGCUCUUUUAACCCAUGAACUCUGAAUGGAUUUAAAUACAAUAGUAUAAAGUAGAAGUCAUGCAAUGGGAAUGAAUAGAUUUUGCUAAUAUUACUUUUUUUGCCUGGCAGAAGAAAUAGGCAAUUUAGAUCACAUUUCUUGUUCCUGCUGAAUGAUAAUGUUAAAUUAUUUUUUUCAACAUGUGAAAGGAAUACUUGAAAAUAUAAGAGGACUAAAUCAGUGCAUCAGAUAGUAGUUAAUCCUUUCUGUUCACCCACAUGCUAAUUUUGUCUUGAUAGAAUAUCCUUGCCAAAAAAUAACUUGAAAGGUGGAAAGAAUGUUAACCCUGGGUAUUUUGGCAAAAAUCAAAAGAAAUUAUUUAUUUUUGUUCUUCUGGAUUACACUUAAUGAGUGUAAGGCUACUAGAUUUGAAAAGAAAGCAUUUCCAAUCAGGAGCUCCUCAAAAUAGUUAAGAUAUAAUAGAUUUUUCCAAUAUUAGUUUUACUGGGAUCUGAGGCAAGAUGGGCAGAACCACAGUUACAUAAAAAUAAAGGCCAUUCUGAACAUCAGUCUUUUAUCAUUUUUUUGUGGAGAGGAAGGAAGAAUAGCUUAAUUUCAAACUGUUAAUGGUUUUUAUUUGAAAGAGGUUGCAUCUGUGCAUAUAUGCAGCACUUUUUUUUUUUUUAACUUGCCGAUUUGGGAGGAGGAAGGGUCCCUGGCACAACUCUGAACAUGAAUGUUGUCUCUCUCAGCAAACUUGGCUAGAGUAAUGGUCUAACUCUAAACCACGAGAUUCACCUUGGUAAAGUCCUUGACUUACUGGACUAGAGGGAGGUUUUAACCUCCUAAGGAGUUCACCUAAAACAUAUAAAUGUGGUGUGUCUUUAUUAAAUGUUAAAAUUAAACACACGCUUUUUUUGGGUAUAAGUGACUACAUUUGACUACUAGAUUGAAAUGGUCUUUUAAAAGGUAUUUUCUUACCAGUUUCCAUUCUUGGUUGUCUUCCUGGCAUGCCUGUACUAUUAGUGUUUCUAUUGUACCUUGAUUUGGAGAAGUAAGUAUUAGAUUCAAUCUAUACCAGUGUAUUUAUAAAGUCCAUAUGGCACAUUUGAUUCUUCCAUUUAUAUUUUGUGUUAAUGUUUAGGUGUAAUUUUUCUUAAAUUUUAGAAAGGACAUAAUUUCAGUUGUCAGAAACCAUUCCAUCAUUACUGACCCUUUUUCAUUAUUUCAUUUGUUCUCAUAUAUCAGUAUUAUUUUUGAGUAUUUUGUUAGGUGGCGUCACACCUUCCUAAGUGUGCUGUGUUCUAGUAGCCUAGUAUUUGGGGCAGUCUGCUGAAAACCAAGUCAGUAUAUUCUUUACCUAUUCCAAAGAGCUACAAAAUCAGACCCAGGAAAGUUUUCGAUGUUUUGUUGUUGUUCUUGUUUUUAUAGUUGUUGCUGUAUUGUUAUUGUUGUUUUACAUAAGAAUUAUAAGGACUGUGAAUACAAAGAGCCGACCUUAAUUAGAGAGGCUUGUUUAAUGCAGACCAUGGAGAUUUGACACGAUCAGAAUAUCUAGGGUAGUGGAAAUAUAACUGGUGGCAUGUGAAAUUCCUUGCAUCCUGGAAGAAAGACAAGGCGGAUUUAGAGUUGUGUCUAAUAAGCUACACAUUACACUGCAGCUCAAAUUCAUGAUGGCAGUGAUGUGUAAUAUCAUGGCCUAGAUCCUUGAGAGGGACCUGACUUUAUUUUUUGAAAGAUAUUUUAUUAGUGAGCAAAACAAUUGGUUAGCGUGGGGUUAGCAGAUGGAAUAACUUGAAGUAAGCCAUCCAGUAUUCCUAUCACUACAAUCUAACCACCUUAUUUUGUGUCAGAGAAGGGGGUAAAAUGUAAUAAUAGGAUCAUAUACCCAUUAUUUGAAUAAUUUCGAACUACAAAACGUCCUUGUAGUUUUCACAGCUGUCCUCCACUGUUUGAGGAUGUUACCUACGAAACUGAAAACAUAAAUUCCAUAUCUACCACAUUUACACCAGCAACAGUAUAAAAUACAAGCCUAAAUUUGCAAAAUCCAUAAUAAUUUAGUGAUGGAAUUUUUUUAAUAACAUGCAGUAUAUAAAUGUAGAUUUUAUGCAAGUGUUGACAAAAUCAUUUUUCAGCUUGCAAAAUGGGACUGCAAUAUUACAUUUUUCACUUCAGCAAUUUUUUACAUCGUUUUUGCUUUCUAUAAUGAAUGUGAAUGCCAUCUUUUAUGAAUGCAACUUGCCUUUUUCAUUACAGAAAUUUUGUUUGAUGUAAUCAAUAAACUUUGGUAUGAUAUGAUUGA